AUGCCGAGCGCGGAGAUGCAGAGGGCCGCCGGAGAGAGGGUGCGACCGAGCUUCAUCCGCGAGCUCCUCGGCAACCCGGCCUCCAGAUCCGCGAGCUCCUGGAACCGGCGGGGAGGAGGACCACCGGUGGGCGGAGAAGGAGCGCCGGUGGGGGAGGAGGAGGAGGACCGGCGGGGAGGAGGACCACCGGCGAGGAAGGAUGAGGAGUACCGGCGGGUGAGGAGGACGGGGAACGACGAGGAGGCGGUAGAAGUGGAGGCACGUAGCCCUCCAGAUAAUACUGGAUGCAUGGAAGGCAUCAUCAAAUACCGUGAUCUGAAUGAUUUCUACCCUGCCGCUCGUGUAGCAAAGAAGCAGAAGGUACAUGUCAAAGCCAGGUGUUCCCUCAAUGUGGAGAACGCUGCCCUUUCUAGGUGGUCACUCAGCGCACAUGAUGCCACUCAAUAA